AUGCUGCUGACCUCGCCUGCCAUUGGCCCGCUGGAUGCUGACGUGGCAAACAUGGAAGUCCCUCUUUGCUCCAAGUAUUUCGGAGCUUGUGCUGCUGCUACAGAUGCAAGGCCUACGGCUACAGAUGUGGGGUUAGCUGCUACAGAUGUGGGGACUUCCGAAUCUGCUGCCGACGUGACUGCUGCUGGUGUUCCCUCUGCCGGCGUCUCAGCUAAAGUUCCGCGCCAACCCCUUGCAGUCGCUUCAGGAUCCGUCCAAUUCUCUCCGCUUGGAGCCCUCGCUUUCUCGCCUCAGCAGCUAACCAGCGCCAUGUGCUACCACAUGCGUCUGUACGGCAUAUCGCUGCAGCACCCUGAGCAGCCCCUGUUCGCUGCAUGCCAGCUCAAGCCAGAACUGCGCAAUGCACUGCUGCUGCAGCAGACACCACCAGAAUUGGACACUUUUGAUAUCGUCAACCGGGCCGUCCAAUCAGGGCGAGAGGAGCAGAUGCCUGAACCUGCCAUUGUUAGAGUGGAGACGGCUGUAGCGGACGAGGCUGUAGCAGACAGGGCUGUAGCAGACGAGGCUGUUACGGAAACGGCUGUAGCAGGUGCAGCUGCAGCAGACAUAGCUGUAGUGGGCAAGGCUGGAGCAGAGACGGUUGGAGCAGAGACGGUUGGAGCAGACAAUGCUCUGGCAAAUGAGCCUGCAGAAGAUGAGGCUCACGUCCUCUUUGCCUCGCUGCUCCCAUCACUCCUCUCCCGCCUUGACUGUCUGCUCACUGCCCGGGACAUUCGGCGGUUCAUUGUGCGGCAGUAUGGGUGUGAGCGGCAGGGGUGUUGCGAGGCGACUUGUGAGGAGAAUUGCAAGAGCAGCGGCACUGGUGGGGAAAGAGUACUGGGGCGGAGGUAUGGCGGUGGCGAGUGCAGGGAAGGGGAGCAGCAACAGGAACCGCAUUUUCCUGCUAUUGAUCUCCUGCGCGCCCUGACCUGUCCCGGCACAACAGAGAGUGGUGUGGGCACAUACGAGUCAGAUGAGGUGCUUGGUGACAGCUGCGUGCAGCUCGCUGCCUCCUGCCACCUGUUCGCCACUGGCAUGCCACGUCAGCGGGAGACUGAUGGGCGUGGGCAGAGUGGUGGGAAUGCCUCGAUGCCAUCACAUGCGCCACACAGCCACCCCUCCCUGCCGACAUAUGAUGACAUGAAGGGGCAGUGCGUGAAGCUGGUGUCAAACAAGCACCUCGCAGCGUUGGCACUUAAAGCUGGAGUGCCUGCCCUUGUUCGCUGCAAGCCCUUCAGAACCUCGGAUUGGGUCGGCCCUCUCGUCCCCCCCUCCCAUGCUGUGCUGCUUCUGGCUGACUCCCUCUCGUACGCACUCCCCCAACCACAAUCCUCCUCACACGCCUCGUCACACGCCCCGUCACACUCCCUCCUCACGCACACUCAGUCACAAGCAGCAGCACCUCUUUCCUCCCCCUCUCAAGCUACUGGGACUUCCGAGAACCUUCCUCCUAGCCCGAAAGCCCUUUUAGACUCUGCCUUCGCCUCGCUGGCAGCGGUGCAGGCAACAGCUGCCGCCAAGUCAGCGCGCCAGCUGGGCAAGAAGACCCUUGCUGACGUGGCAGAGGCCCUGGUCGGCGCCAGCUGGCGGUGCGGCGGCGCUGACAUGGCGCUGCCGAUGCUGAGGUGGCUGGGCAUGCCUACGGAAGGUGUGGGGGAGCUUCUGAGGGGCGAGAUGACGUGGAAGAGGAGAGAGGGGGUGGUGGAUGGAGGCGUAGUGGAGGUGCGAAAUGAUUGGAUACCAGGAGUUGCAGCAAAGCCAGAUAUGGCAGUAGAAGCGAAACCGGUCGCUGCAGCAGCAGCAGCAGCAGCAGCAGACGAGGCACCAGCAGGUGUGGCAGCAAUAGUGGCAGCAGGAGAAUCAGAGCAAAGGGUGACUGGCAGCAAGCACGCAUUGGAGCCACCUGGCGAGCCGUCCCUGCUGCCACUUCAACCACCAGAGAAGCGCCUGAAGCAGUCUCUCUCCCACCACCACCCCACAACGCACCGCCAGGCCAACCGAUACGCCAGCCUGGCUUCCUAG